AUGUUAUCACAAAAUUCUAACACAGAAGAUGAAAAUGUGCAGCUCUGUUUAGAAGAAAACGUACAUUCAGGACUUCACAGUACAAAUCUCUCAUAUAAGUCUUCUAACUGCGCAGAACCUUCUCUUGACCAAUCACAAAUUGUUACCACAAGUGCAGUUCAGAAAGUGGGUAAAACGUUUAAUGGUGGGAAAAAGUUUAGAAAAAGAUCAUGUCUUCCUACACAAAGAAGAAUUUACACAGGUGAGAAGCCAUAUUCAUGUUCAGAAUGUGGGAAAUGUUUUGCAAAUAAAUCAGGUCUUGCUGCACAUGUACGAAUUCACACAGGAGAGAAACCAUAUUCAUGCUCAGAAUGUGGGAAAAGUUUUACACAGAAACCAUAUCUUGUUGCACAUGAGAUAACUCACACAGGAGAGAAAAGAUAUUCAUGUUCAGAAUGUGGGAAAUAUUUUACCAGAAAAUCAAGCCUUGUUAGACAUGAGAGAAUUCACACAGGAGAGAAGCCGUAUUUAUGUUCAGAAUAUGAAGAAAGCUUUACAAGAACAUCAAGCCUUGUUAGACAUGAGAAAAUUCACACAGGAGAGAAACCAUAUUCAUGUUCAGAAUGUGGGAAAUGUUUUAUAAAUAAAUCACAUCUCGUUAUGCAUGAGAGAAUUCACACAGGAGAGAAGCCAUAUUCAUGUUCAGAAUGUGGGAAAUGUUUUAGACAAAGAUCCAAUCUUGAUACACAUGAGAGAAGUCACACAGGAGCAAAGCCAUAUUCGUGUUCAGAAUGUGGGAAAUGUUUUACAAAUAAAUCAAGAAUUGUUAAACAUGAGAAAAUUCACACAGGAGAGAAACCAUAUUCAUGUUCAGAAUGUGGAAAAUGUUUUACAGCUAAAUCAAAUCUCAUUACACAUGUGAGAAUUCACACAGGAGAGAAGCCAUAUUCCUGUUCAGAAUGUGGGAAAUGUUUUACACAAAAAUCAGAUCUUGGUAAACACAAGAGAAGUCACACAGGAGAGAAGCCAUAUUCAUGUUCAGAAUGUGGGAAAUGUUUUACAAAUAAAUCAAGGCUUGUUAAACAUGAGAAAAUUCACACAGAAGAGAAACCAUAUUCAUGUUCAGAAUGUGGGAAAUGUUUUACAGAUAAAUCAUAUCUCAUUGCACAUGUGAAAAUUCACACAGGAGAAAAACCAUAUUCAUGUUCAGAAUGUGGGAAGUCUUUUGCACAGAAAUCAAUACUUGUUGCACAUGAGAGAAAUCACACAGGAGAGAAGCCAUAUUCAUGUUCAGAAUAUGGUAAAUGUUUUACACGUAAAUCAAGUUUUGAUCAACAUAUGCAAAUUCACACAGGAGAUGUGUAA